AUGGGCUUCGCAACGUCGGCCGCGAGCUUCGCAGGCAUGCGAAACCUGCCGUUCUCGGAAGACGAAGAUCACUCAUUCGACUGUGUAUAUCGCACCUCUGAUGGGAGCGGCACCGAAAUUGCUUCAAAUAAACGAAAACGAGAUGUCGAAGAGCCUCAGCGAACGUUGGAGUCGGUUUCACGUCCACACCCGAGUGUUUUGAAUCAAACACAGCGCCAAAAGAGUACCGGCAGACCGUCUCCAUGGCCUAUUCCGCACCAGAGUGAUCGUUCUCAGAGUGUGAGCAAUACUAACAGGUUAUCAUCAACCGGCACCCCCCAAACCCAGUCGGCCGGUUUGUUGAGGGUUCACCCCCGAGCUGCCGUUCACACUUCCGAAACUACGAUCCCGUCGACUAGACCAUCCGACGAUUCACAUAGUAAACAUCAACCCCCUAAAGACCUCAAACCAACCAAGCUGACCAUAUCUUCAGCCCCAACUUCUGAGAUAGGCGAUGCUGCUUCAAGAGAUGGGCUCAGCGGGGUCAAUCUGCAUACCAAUGGGACCGAGUUCUAUGGUAACUCUUCAAAUCUCGCAUUCCUCGGGAAUCUAUAUAUGCGAGCACAGAAUCAAGCAGAAAGCAGAGAUCAUAAUCAACCUGACGAAGCUUCCCAGCCAAACAAAGCUUCACCCCAUAGCUUCAAUCAACGAUCACAGUUGUUAUCGUCAGAUACAAGCCAUGAAAAGCACGACAGCAGAUCAAGCAAGUCGCAGCUCUCGAUUGUGAACUUGCUUUACAAUGUUGAAUACACUGGACACCCAACGCCCCAAUCCCACAAUGGAGCCAAGGAUGCAACACAGAUGAGUCCCGGAGUCACAGGCGGUCCCAACAAAGUCUCCCCAAAUAGCAACGGCCAAGAUACCAACCUCGAAGUAUGCUUCCCGCGGCUUACAGAAACUGCACAGUUGGAGAUCGAGAAAAUCUUCAUUGGCAGCUAUUUUGCCAACAAGCAUUACAUCCACCCACUACUCUGCAAAGGUUCAUUCAUGCAACGCUGUGAGAGCGAAGCAUGGCCAAGUCCAAAACGUUCUAUACUCUUCCGUGGUGCGACGAAGUUCGCUGGACUUUACUUCGCAGUCGUCGCUUUAGGGGCAAUCAAUGCAAGCCCGAAUGAGACCUCCCUACUCGAACAUUUCUGCCAGCAAUCUGUGGAUGAACAGCAACCAAAAGUUCGAAAAGGAUCUGCGUUCACAGCGCUAGAUUUUGCAAAAUUCUUCUUCGGGCUUGCAAAGGGGACCCUGGGUAAUCUGUUUGAGAGUUCAUGCUUAGAGUCUGCUCAGACUCUUUUCCUUAUGAGUGUGUUCCUUCAGAACUCGCUACAGCCUCAUAGCUGUUAUAUGUACAGCGGUAUGGCUGCCCGCACAGCAGCGGCUAUAGGACUCGGCUCGAGCAUGUCUUUGUUGCCUCCUAGUGCUCGACGAGAAGCUAGGCGCACUUGGUGGUGCAUUUACUCUCAUGAAAUAGAAAUGUGCUGUUCUUCAGGACGUCUGGACAGCAUGAAAGAGUUACAUUACUACCAGACCUCCCUCCCCAAACUAAAGAUUGAUACCAACGACCUCGACCCGGACGCCGAGGACAACGACAUAGCCAUGAUCCCAGUAAUGGUCGCCCUAUCCAGAAUCAUGUCCGAAGCCUCCCACCAACUAUACCACUCCACACGACUGUCUCUAAGCGAUAAAUCCCAUCUUGCCAUGUCUCUCGACCACCGCCUCCUCAAAUGGAAAGCAAACAUCCCAUCCUUCCUAAACCUCGAUGCCCACGCACUAAACGAUCCCGAAUGGGCCUUCAAACAAAAACUAGUCUUGAGACUGAGAUACUACAACACCCGAAUUCUAAUCCACAAACCCUUCCUCGUAGCCGCCACCGCAAACACCACCACCCCAGACCUCUCCACCCAUCUCCAAACCUGCCUCGCCGCCGCCCGCACAAGUAUAAACAUGCAAUACGAGUCCUUCAUGCACAGAAUCUACAUCCGCACGUGGUGGUAUAACACAACCUACGCCCUCUACGGCUCAAUGAUCCUCCUCCACCUAAUCCUCUCCAACUACCCCAACCUCCCAGACACAGACCUCCUCGAAGACGUCGAGAAAUCCCUCCAAGUCUUCUCCGCCAUGGACGAGAUCAUCGUCGCCCGACGCUGCGCCGAAAUGCUCCGCGAGGUUCUGGAAGUCGCGCGCACCUGUCUAACUCGUCGACGCGGGGAUCUUCAGAACCCAUCCCCCGGAUCUGGGAUGCGUCAAUCAACCGAUCUAGAAGCUCCGUCUCGUAUUGCGAAUGCGUCGGUACAGAAUCCUCUGAAUCAAACGACGACGCCGAAAUCGGCCGGUGCUUCCUUGCCGGCGUUGUCGAUGUCCACGCCUGGCUUGUCGCUUGAUCCGCCGGGUGUGCUUGGACAACAGGAUGCCGAGGAUGGGGAUUUCUUUUUCUCGUUGUUUAGCAGUGGUGCGCAGACGCAGCCGGAUCGGACGAGGGCGGAGAUGUUGGCGAAUUUGGUGGAUUCGAGUGUAUUGGAGGAUUUUGCGUUUGGGGGGAAUGAGUUUUCUUUCUUUUGA